GAAGUAAUUUGCAUAUAAAUGGGGCGUCAAAAGACAGGCAAGCAUUUCACGACGUGAUCCUUGCUCGCAGCGUACGUGAUGGUGCACGAGUGGGCCCACUACCGUUACGGUGUUUUCGACGAGUACGGCAACGCUGACGACAGCCGGUAUCCACUCACUUACUGCGACCGUGGAAAGGUGAAGCUGAACGCUUGCUCGAGUAGGAUUGCCUUCACCGCAAGGAGAGCUGACGGAGGAAAGUGUGAAAUCAACGACAAGUGUCGUUUCGCCAAAGACUGCGUGGUCACUUUGCAGCAACCAAGCUGGAAUCCCGUCGAGUCAUCCAUCAUGUUCAUGCCAUACCUGGCCAACGUGAGCCAAUUCUGCGACGACAGAGAUGGGCCCAACGCCCACAACCCCUUCGCCCCAAGCAAGCAGAACGACCUCUGCAAGCAACAAUCCACCUGGAAAGUUAUCAGUGGAAACGCAGACUUUCAGAAACUUUCCGGAUCAGAUCCGUCCAAGUCCAUCCACGUGACCUUCGAAGAGGCUCAGCAAAAGGAAGACCUUGCGCCGCGCGUUGUACUUGUGCUGGACGUUUCGGGCAGCAUGGCCGAUUACAGAAGACUAGACUUUCUUAAGGAAGCUGCAGCACGCUACAUUGGCGACAUCAAAGACGGCUCGCGUCGACUGGCCAUCAUCGAGUUCAGUUACCGCGCCAAAGUGGUGCGCACUCUGAUGCCAGUGAACGUAAACACAAGAACUGGGUUCCUGAACGCCAUACACAGAUUGGAAGCAAAUGGAGCAACCUGCAUCGGAUGCGGCCUCGAGAGUGCCCUAGAGCUACUAACAACCGCCAGUGAGACACCGGAGGGCGCCACAAUCCUUCUCAUGAGCGACGGCGAGGAGAACGUAGAUCCGCCUAUCGUCGAAGUGCUGCCCCGGGUUGUCGCCUCGAAGGUCGUGGUCAGCACGCUGGCCCUGGGAGCCACAGCUGACCACAGACUAGAAAAACUGGCCACUUCGACGCGUGGCAAAGCAUUCGCCUUCCGCGACCUGCAGGGAAACCUCGUGGACGAACUGGAGUCUGCCUUCGUGUCAUCCACGACGAGCCAACACGACCCCGUGCCCCGAGCUCACAUGUUGGUGGAGUCUGAGGAAGAGUUCACCAGCCUGCUAGAAAAGAAGUUCCAAGUGGACUCCAACGUGGGCAAUGGGACGGUGGUCCACGUGACCCGCAACCACCCCGAAACGGGGAAAAUCGAAGCUUGGCUCACAGAUCCUAGUGGAGAGCGAUGUGAGGAGUGCCGAGAAACCGUGAACGGAAACGACGUGGUGAUCUCCAUUCCAAGUCCCGCAAAGGUUGGUACGUGGACACUUCACUUGGAGAGCUCGAGCUCCGGCCCAGUGGAGGUGAGCGUCAGCGUCAAGUCGCAGGCCAGCAAAGACGUCGACGAGCCUAUCCGGGUCACUUGCGAAAUGAGCAGCAUGCUUGUGGACGGUCCCGACCGAGCAGUCAUUUACGCCAAGGUCACGAAGGGAAUCAAGGUAGUACUGGACGCCGCCGUCUUCGCCACGGUCUACCGUCCCAAGGCGUCGAACGAGCAGCACACUGUCACGCUAUCGUUGCAUGACGACGGGCGGGAUCCUGACAUCCACGCCGACGACGGAACGUACAGCGGGUACUUCGUCCACUUCACGGGCAAAGGGCGCUACGCAGUGACAGCGCACGUGUCGAGCCAGAAGAGGACGCGGCUGGCCGACCCACGAAGUGGCUCAGGCAGCUUCUUCAGCACGGCAUUGUUUUCUGCGGCAACGGAAACUGUCAAGGAAACGGGCGUUAUCGAACCGGCGUCCGAGUACCCAAUCGACGACUUCGACUUCGUCAAUUCGACGGUCCAAGCCACGAGUGGCGCAGGCGAGGAGGCGGUGGAGCCAUUCCAGAGGGUGGCAUCCGGAGGGUCUUUCCAGGUGACGGUGGACAUUGUGGAGAAGCAGGUACCUCCAGGAGACAUCCGGGACCUUUUGGUAACGGGCGUACGCCCAGGCGCGAACGACUCGCUGCUUGUGGAACUCACGUGGACAUGGCCCGGAGCUCAUCUGACAUACGGGAACGCCUCAGGCGUGGAGAUUCGAGCCAGCCGGGAGUAUGCCAAGCUAAUCUCAGAAUUCGAGAAGCAGACAGAAAUCACGGCAGACGACGUUGUGCAAGGAAAUCUCGACCCGGGACGCCCCGGUGCCAAACACGUCGUCACCGUGUCCCUUUCCCCUGUCCUGUCUUCGCAUCGCCAAGACGGCGCCUUAGACUGGAGCUGCUACCUAGCCGCUCGCGUCAUAAAUUCGGACGGCCUCCGCUCCAAAACGUCGAACGUCGUUCCCGCGUCCUACACUCCACCGCCUGUGACGACCACGGUCGCUACUACCACUACACAAGCAACCACUACAGAGGCUGUUACUACACAAAGCAGCACGACCGAAGAAGCUACGACCACGGAUGUUCCCACUGCUGUUUCAUCGUCGACAGGCGUGGCGAGUAGCCAGUCGUCACGCUUCGUCGUGUCGUUCUGGGUCUGGGUUCUGAUCGGCUGCGUUGCAGCAGCAAUCGUGGUCGCCACUUUGCUGGCGAUCUUGGUCAGGAUGAACCCUUCGAAACGCGGGAUGUACCGCCUUUUCUACAGUCAUUCCAGGCAAAGGCAGCAAGCUUCUGCGUAGGCUUUGCUGCUCCACCUACGUGAGAGUGAACUGUGGUGAUACGGGACACAACGUGCUACUGGGAUGUUGAUUCGUACUUAUUACGGUGCAAUACGUAACGACACAAAGUGUGGACCAGGACAGGAAAAACACGCUUCUCUGUUUUGGUCUUACUUCGCAUUGUUUCGCGUCAUACUACACACUAAUAGGCAAUGACACUCUCACUGCAUGUGUAAAAUUAAUGAUCUCCCUUUUUGUUGAUUUAAGGCUGGCUCAUCCUCUUUGCCGAGGAGUAAUUUUUUUAACUUUAAAUUACUCUAUGUUUCUUGCCUUCGGACUGCCCAUGAUCAAUGGACCUGAUCCUCGCAACACAGAACAUUAGGCAAACAAUUCGCUUCAUAUCUCGUGAGGAUAUUGAUAACAUGAAAAACCAUCUUUGAAUGUUCUGUGAGUGCUUCACUGAUAUUGCGAUCAUAGCACACUGUUCCCUUUUUCAUCUAACUUCCACUUCGGCACUGAUGGUGGCCUUUCUCAGUUUAAUGGUCACGCGAGUAUAGCAUAUUUGUUUAUGUAUGUACCAAUAUUUAAACGCUAUUUCUCUUUUUUUUAUACCUGUUCUGAUACUGCAUUUUUUUGUUUAUAGUGGUUUUGGCCAUAUUGGUUAAAAGCAUUAUCACUUUUUGUUUAAUGGACGAUGUUGCGCGCUUUUCACUGUAUAAUAAAUUGCACCACACUGUC